CAUACAAAACAUAGAUGAUGGCCAGCUCUUGCUUGUGCCGUCGGAGUUCUGCAACUCUCCCAACGGUUCGGAUUUGAAUUACCCUAUGGGGGAGGAAAUGGCAUCGUGGAACUCUCUUCCUCUGGAAGUCACUUACAACAUUUUUGGUUGGACUGCUUUCAUCUCAUGGUCUGUUAGUUUCUAUCCUCAGGUUAUCCUGAAUUUCAGGAGAAAAAGUGUUGUGGGGUUGAAUUUCGAUUUCUUGAUCCUGAAUUUUACGAAGCACUCAUCGUAUCUCAUCUACAAUGCGUCUCUAUUCUUUAGCCCUGUUCUUCAGAGGCAAUACCACGAGAAGUAUGGCUACGGAGAGAUGAUCCCAGUCGCUGCAAAUGAUGUAGCUUUCUCAGCACAUGCUGUUCUUCUGACAGCAAUCACUUUGUUUCAAGUUCUCAUCUAUGACCGUGGGAAUCAAAAGGUCUCAAAGACUUGUAUAACAAUCACAUCUGCCGUCUGGCUUUCUGCUGUAGUCUGCGUAUUCGUUGCGUGGCCCAAACACUCUUGGCUUUGGCUAAUCUCUGUCUUUAACACAAUACAAGUCAUCAUGACAACCAUCAAAUACAUUCCCCAGGCCAUCAUGAACUGUACUCGGAAGAGCACAGAAGGAUGGAGCAUUGGCAACAUUUUGCUUGAUUUACUUGGAGGUGUGAUGAACUAUGCACAGAUGGCUAUGCAGUCUAUAGAUCAGGGUUCUUGGGUAAACUUCUAUGGGAAUAUAGGGAAGACCCUGCUUUCCUUGGUAUCUAUCUUCUUUGACCUCCUCUUCAUGUUCCAACAUUAUAUCCUAUAUCCUUCCAACAAAAUUAUUGCUUCUUCAAAGGUUGAUUUGGAAAGUACAGCUCCACUUUUGAAUUCCUCCAAUCCCUCCCAGGCAGAAGAUGCAUGAAGUCUAUAGGCUUAUCCUGCCUUGGCAUGUAUUAUUCUUAAAAGUCUCAAUAUACAAGUAAAAGUUGGAACUUGUGUAUCACAAUGCAACAGAGAAAUUAUUAUUGAAUUUUAUUCUCUUAUUUUUGCUUGAUGUAAAUAUUCUUCAUUAAAUUGUAUUAAUAAAGACGGGUCAUAUUCAAGAAUGCCUGUGUUAUUUUUCCUAUUUCACUGUACAAGUUUUACAGGAAACAUGAGGAUCUGAAAUUUUGAAUGCUAGAAAAUUGUAAGAGACCUGAUCAAGUUGGAGAACUUGCCCCAAAAGAAUGUAUCAAAGAUCAAAUAGUUGUGAAUUUUGUAAAGGCAUUGGAAAGGCUGGAUCUGGACAUGCCGAAGAUUGUGAGCGUGAGGAUAACACCACCGAAACUUGACUUCCAUUCUUUCAAUUAAGCAAGCCCAAGAACAAUGUCAGAGCCAAAUACAUCAGUUGACAUGGAUAAGCAUACUGAGAAACUCAGAAGUUCAUCUCUACAUCCAACUCCAUUACUCCAGUGUAUGUGGUCACUGGUAAUUUGGAAGAGAUUGCAUGGAUGAAGAUGGAAGGUUUGGAAAAAUGCUUUCUUUUUUCUUGUCCUAGUCUGAAAAUUGAACCUCGGACCAUCCUAUUAUUUUGUAAUGUUUUCCUCUCAGGUUUGGAAGUGAUCACAUUGAUGGAGGAUGCCUUGUGACGAUUAAUUACACAUAGAUUAGUUACUCUGUAGUUUUGCAUUCAGGCAAGGUUAGUGCAUCAGUUGUGUUACCCUUAUUCCAGAAGAGAUCUUCAAGUUCUGUCUUGUAUUUCAUCCAUUUGAUGCUCUAGGUCAGAAUUCGAUGACCAGAGUAAUCUAGUCAGGUUUAUCUGUCAAAAAAUGCAGAGUGGUUCAGUGGUUCUGGUCCCUAUUGGAUUGCUUUCCCACUGUCAGCCUUUCUACCUAAAGACUUAAUUAUCUAUAGCAAGUUUGUGAUACUGUCUUAA